AGCAAAAGUACCUAGACCGAAUAAUUUUCAUAUUUCCAAUCUAAGUAUCUAACAAGUAACAACCCUACUUUCUUGUCACCCUGAUUUCAUCUUUGACAUUUAACUCUUUGUUUGCCGGAGAUCUUCCCUCUCUCUUACAGCCCAGCCUGAGACGUUUUCUCGCAAUCAUCAAACUAUCCUUCAGCUAAUUUUCUCUCUCCUCAAUGCUGUCCAAGAUUGCUUCCAAGUCGGUGCGGCGUGGGCCUGCCACUCUGAUUCGCCGGUUCUCUCAUGAUGUUCAUCCGUCUUUGAAAAGAGUAGACGAUGCUUCUAAAGGGGGUGCAGCUUGUAGUUCUCUAACUAAAUGGAGUUCCAGCCAAGGCAAUACCAGGCAGUUCCAAAGGGUUUCAAACCCUGAAGCUGUUAUGGCACCAAAAACAGGAGUCUCCACAAGAAGUAUUACGAGCAUAACUUUGAAAACGGGAUCUAAUGGAGUCUUAUGCAAAGGAAACUUCAGCUCCAGCUUGCAGCUGCACCCGCAAAGGAGUUUUUCAUCAACUGCAGACUUGCCUCCACAUCAAGAAAUAGGCAUGCCAUCUCUUUCUCCUACCAUGGAAGAGGGGAAUAUUGCUAGAUGGGUGAAGAAAGAGGGAGAUAAAGUUCAUCCUGGUGAUGUUAUUUGUGAAGUUGAAACAGAUAAAGCAACAGUUGAGAUGGAAUCCAUGGAAGACGGUUAUCUUGCCAAAAUUGUCAAAGGAGAUGGAUCCCAAGGAAUUAAAGUUGGCGAGGUGAUUGCAAUCACCGUUGAAGAGGAGGAACAUAUUCAGAAUUUCAAGGAUUACACACCUUCCAAAUCAGGGACUGCUGUUCCCGAAACCACAAAACCAUCUGAACCUGAAACUUCCGAAAAACAAAAACCUCAGGCACCUGCAGUUCACGUGGAGAAAAAUGAAUCAAAGCCUAGUCAGAAAUCACCAUCAGAGGAUCGCAUCUUUGCUAGUCCCCUUGCAAGGAAAUUGGCUGAAGAUCACAACGUUUCUUUGUCAAGUGUAAAGGGAACAGGUCCUGAUGGACGCAUUGUGAAAGCUGACAUUGAAGAUUACUUGGCUUCUCAAGGCAAGGAAUCACCAGCACCUGCACCUGCACACAAGGUUUCCGAGGGUGCUGGCCUUGACUACUCAGAUAUUCCUCAUUCGCAAAUAAGAAAGGUCACAGCUGCGCGCUUAUUGACAUCAAAGCAAACCAUUCCUCAUUACUAUUUGACAGUAGAUACAUGUAUGGACAAACUUAUCGAAUUGCGAAGCGAACUGAAUUCUUUACAAGAGGCUUCUGGAGGGAAGAGGAUAUCUGUAAAUGAUCUUGUAAUCAAGGCUGCUGCUUUGGCACUGAAGAAAAUUCCAGCAUGCAAUAGUUCUUGGACCAAUGACUAUAUACGCCAAUAUCAUAACGUGAACAUCAAUGUUGCAGUGCAAACUGAUAAUGGUUUAUAUGUUCCAGUUGUACGGGAUGCCGACAAGAAAGGUUUAUCUAAAAUUUCCGAAGACGUUAAAAAUUUGGCCCAAAAAGCAAGGGAAAACAGCCUGAAGCCAGACGAUUAUGAGGGUGGAACUUUUACUGUGUCAAAUCUUGGAGGGCCUUUUGGAAUCAAACAAUUCUGUGCUAUCAUUAAUCCUCCUCAGGCAGCCAUUCUUGCAGUUGGUGCUGCUGAGAAGAGAGUCAUACCUGGAGAUGGCACUGAGCUGUACAAGUUUGGUUCUUUCAUGUCCGCUACACUAAGCUGUGAUCACCGUGUAAUUGAUGGUGCUAUGGGUGCAGAAUGGCUAAAAGCAUUUAAGGGCUACAUCGAAAACCCAGAGUCCAUGUUGCUUUAGAAUUCGAUUCUUUUUGUGUCUAGUUUGGCUUGAAGUUAAUCGUUCAUUGAACUGUGAUUUUACUUCCACUAGCAUUUUCUGAGUUUACUGUUGUUUUGACAUAAGAGAGCAAGGAGUCACGGCUCUAAGAGCUCAGGAUACUUGUGGAGGUGAUGGUACAAUUUUGUAAUAAAUGAGAGGUUUGAGUCUUGUAAUCUGACGAAUUGAAUUUUCCAAGCAAAAUAUAGGAGCCUCGAUAUGAAUAUUUAUUAUUCAUUUUGUUGAA